AUGGACUCGACUUCGACCUCGCACCAAUUCGAUUUUCGUCUCACUCAUGCGGCCGUCUCUGCGACCAGCGAUCACGACGAAGACGAAGACGAUGGCCCUGCAUCUGCAUCUGCAACCGGCAACCCAGUCCACGCUCACGACCAGCCUGUUUCUGACCAUUUGGAAUGCAGCCUUGCCUUGCCACCUGCUGGCCUGGCCACUCGACGUGAUGCAUGUCCGGCCCCUGAGGUGAUGGUGAUGACUGACAUCCCAUCCGGCUCGCUGUGCACGCUACGCUACUUACUCCCUACCAAGGUACCACCAGUACCUCUGCCCUGUGCCUGUCCGGCUCGAGAUGAAGAGGCCUUUCGGGGAAUUUGA